AUGCUACUGGACAGAAAGCUGCGCAGAGAAAGAAGAGAAUGGAUGGACUCAGUAAGAGCAGAGGAAAGGCGCAUAGAGUCAAAAAAAAGAAAGGAAAUGCUGUACAAGUCGUAUGAAAGAGAUGUAAUAGUGCCAAAAGAAAUACGAAAUGACAUAGAUGAAAGCAAGCUUACAGCAGAAGAGGCACUCCAAGAUGCAAUUUAUGCAUUUGAGGAUGGAGAGAAGGAGGAUGAAUUUUCCCACACUGAGGCACGACCAAUUAUCACUACAUCAAGGUCACCUUCUGAUUCGCUUAUUAGAUUUGCAAAAUCACUGAAGAAUAUUCUUCCAAAUGCAGAAAAGCUAAACAGAGGAAAGCACAUGAUACAAGAGCUAGUGCAAAGUGCAAUCAAAAAGAACCACACAGAUCUCAUAAUGGUGAAUGAGAAUAGAGGAGUCCCUUCAUCUCUUAUUAUCUCGCAUCUACCGCACGGACCCACCACGUACUUCAGCAUACACCAUCCAAAUAUUGACACGGAGGAGCCAAUAAGCACAGCAAUUCCUGCUGUGAUUUUCGACAAUUUCACAACGCCCCUUGGAAUGCGUGUGAAGAGAAUUCUUUCCUCACUCUUCCCGCAGCUGCCAGGAAGUGAAAAGCCAAAGAGAAUGAUAAGCUUCAUCAACAGAGAAGACAGCAUAUUAUUCACGCAGUUUAAAAGCACAUUCCAAAAGGGCGAAGUCACUCUCCAGAAAACCUCCCCGCAGUUCACAAUGAAGCUGUACGAAAUACGUGCAGGCACUUUGGACAUGACAUACGCAGAGAAGGAGUUUGUGUUUAGGCCGUACCUUAACACAGCAAGAAAGAAGUUCUAUUUGGGUGAGGAAACAGACGACAUCCCGGAAGUGAAGGAAGAAAGCAGCGCAGACCGCAGCAAGGAGAAGGAAAAUAAAGACUCUCUAGAGGAGAAAAAGAAAGAAGAGAAAAAGAAGGAAGACAGAAGUAUUUGGCAGAGAAGACUCAGCCGAGAAAGCCAGAGGAAGUGA